CGAAGAACAAGAUGUAAAGAAAAAUCAGAAGAGAAUUAAAAAUUUAAUUUCUCAGACAGUUUUCUCAUUUAUUCUGUAGCUUUACGAUAGUAAAGUCGCGUCGUCCAGCUCAGAUUGUUCGGUAUAUUUAAUUUAGGUUUAAAAUUCUUGUAGAUAACUUGAAGUUUGUGUGAAAAAAGUCAGAGUAAAAAAGCAAAAAAAUGUAUCACUUGAAGAAUAUCGCAAAAUCUUCUUUGGUCGCCAAGGAAUUGACAAGAGCUUUACCAGUCGCCUUAAGUUCGAACCAACAAUGCCGUGGAUAUACAGGACAUCAAAUUCCGGAACGUUUACAACAUAUUCCUACUGCCGCUAAUCCAUUAUUCUUCGAUAUGGUUGAAUACUUUUUCCAUCGUGGGUGUCAAGUUGUUGAGGAUUCCUUAAUCGAAAAUAUGAAGGAACGAUCAUCAUUAGAAGAGAAACGUAACAAAGUUCGUGGUAUCUUGAGUUUGAUGCAAGCUUGCGAUCAUAUUAUUGAAAUUACUUUCCCACUCCGACGUGAUAAUGGUGUUUAUGAAAACAUCACAGGAUAUCGUGCACAACAUUCAAGCCAUCGUACACCAACAAAAGGAGGUAUUCGUUUCUCUAUGGACGUAUGUCGUGAUGAGGUGAAAGCAUUGUCAGCAUUGAUGACAUUCAAGUGCGCUUGUGUUGAUGUUCCAUUCGGUGGUGCUAAAGCUGGUAUUAAAAUUAAUCCAAAGGAAUAUUCAGAACAUGAAUUGGAGAAGAUUACACGUCGUUUUGCCCUUGAAUUGGCAAAGAAAGGAUUUUUGGCACCAGGCAUUGAUGUCCCAGCUCCAGAUAUGGGAACUGGCGAACGUGAAAUGAGUUGGAUCGCUGAUACAUAUGCUAAGACUGUUGGAUAUCAAGAUAUCAAUGCACACGCCUGCGUUACUGGCAAACCAAUCAAUCAAGGUGGUAUUCAUGGACGUGUUUCAGCUACUGGACGUGGUGUUUUCCACGGAAUUGAAAACUUCAUCAAUGAAGCCGCUUACAUGAGCCAAAUUGGAACAACUCCAGGUUGGGGCGGAAAGACAUUCAUUGUCCAAGGUUUCGGUAAUGUCGGUCUUCACACAUGCCGUUAUUUGACAAGAGCUGGUGCUGCUUGUAUUGGUAUUAUUGAAUAUGAUGGCUCAAUCUAUAAUCCAGAAGGUAUUGACCCAAAGGCAUUAGAAGAUUACCGUAAUGAACAUGGAACAAUUGUUGGUUUCCCAGGAGCUAAGCCAUACGAAGGUGAAAGCUUAAUGUUCGAAGAAUGCGACAUCUUCGUCCCAGCUGCUGUUGAAAAAGUUAUUACAAGUGAAAAUGCUCAUAAGAUUAAGGCAAAGAUUAUUGCUGAAGCAGCCAAUGGACCAACAACUCCAGCCGCUGAAAAGAUCCUUAUUGAACGUAACGUUCUUGUCAUUCCCGAUUUAUAUAUCAAUGCUGGUGGUGUUACAGUUUCCUUCUUUGAAUGGCUCAAAAAUCUUAAUCAUGUCUCAUAUGGUCGUCUUACAUUUAAAUAUGAACGUGAAUCAAAUUAUCACCUCUUAGAAAGUGUCCAAGAAUCAUUAGAAAGACGUUUUGGACGUGUCGGUGGAAGAAUUCCAGUCACACCAUCAGAAGCUUUCCAAAAGAGAAUUUCUGGUGCAUCAGAGAAAGACAUUGUACAUUCUGGACUCGACUACACUAUGGAACGUUCAGGUAUGUUUAAUAAUUUUGAUGAAUGGAAGUAAUCAUGCAGUUUCUCCGUAAUUUAAUUCUAUUUUAAUAUAGGAGUUGUUAAUAGAUAAGGACCGCAAAUAGAUUGCGGUUAGAGACAUUUGACACAAACUGUAAUCUGGUCAUUAGUCAUGAAAAAUAAUCUUGACAUUUGAUUCAUGCGGUGAUUCAUUGAAUUACUGUUUGUGUCGCUAUUUCCGAUCCUUUAGUAUUACUUUGUUUGCGAAUUAUUACUUCCCAUGCUCAUAAUAACUGACCACAAAACCAAAAGACUAUAAAUAUUCUUUCUUUGUAGCCCGCAACAUCAUGAGAACCGCUGCACGCUUCAAUCUUGGUCUUGACUUGAGAACAGCCGCUUACAUUAAUUCAAUUGAGAAAAUCUUCACAACAUACCGUGAUGCUGGAUUAGCAUUCUAAAUUCGAUGAAUAUCUAUCUGAACUGCUGGAGAAUGAAGCAUACACACACAUUCAAAUUAUAUUUCAACAAGACAUUUAAGCCGUAUUUCUUUUUUUUUUCGUUCUGAUUUGUUAACUUUAUUUUAAUUUUUCCAAAUUUUUUGACAUUUCUCCUGAUUUUUGUGAACCUUGCCAUGUGUACUUUUUAAUCAAUUAAACGUGAAAAAAAAUAUUGAGUCUUUUUCUUGAUAGAUUGAGUAUGAAUUGUAGCUUAAAAGUGUCCACAUGAUAUGUGUGGAUUAGAUUAACAUUGAGUAAUUAGGUUUGUUGCUAUGUUGUCUAUGAGAGAUGAGAGUUGCUUCCUGUUUUACGCAUGGAAGUUAAUUAAUUUUUCCCUCUAUGAAAUUUAUGCAAGUUAAAGCAAUUUUCAUCCUAUCUGCCACUUUUUAAAUGCAAAUGAAGCCUAAAUCUUUUACAUUAUGUACUCAGAAAUAUUUGGAGAAUAAAAGAAUGAUUUGUUGUUUUAAUUAUAGAC